AUGUCUGCGUCGCGGCCGCCACCCCCAGUACUUCCCCCUCUUCCUUCAAUCCUCUCAAACUCGGCCAUGGGUCGAGACGCCCGAGGUAACUCUCCUGAGCAGCAGCGGUCUCCGACUUCGUCCCCAUACCAAAGCCAUGCAGUGCCACGACCGACACUUGCACCGCUGUCCUCUCUGACUCGGGGGUCCGGGACAUCGGGGUUCCAAGCUGUCGCUGCUGGAUUGCCUCGUCUACCUCCGAUCCUGCAGGUAGAGAAGCAGCAGGUUACGACGAGUGCCACUCAAGCUGCAAGUGCCAGUAGGCGCCGCAACGAGGCGCACUUCGUGUGUCCAGUGCCGGGAUGUGGCAGCACGUUCACUCGUAGAUUUAAUUUGAGAGGACAUUUGCGCUCCCAUACGGCCGAGCGUCCUUUCCUGUGCGAAUGGCCCGGGUGCAACAAGGGCUUUGCUCGGCAACAUGAUUGCAAGCGACAUCAAGCCUUGCACACUGCAAAGGCACAGGCAAACGUCUGUCACGGAUGUGGCAAGACCUUCAGCCGCCUAGAUGCUUUGAAUAGACACCGUACGUCUAUCGUUCCGUGUCACGGAGGCGCUACUGACUCGCAGCCCACCGCAGUACGCUCCGAUGGUGCAGCUGAGUGCCGAGAGACCGCUGAGGCUGUCGCCACGGCUGCGCGGCUGAGUCCAGCAGACGACGACUGGGACGCCCGUAGCACCUCCACCUCGCGCAGCGAGCGAUGA